AUGAGUGGCACUGAGAAGCGUGCCACCCAGGGGAGCGCGCCGCGCGGCGCGCCCAGGCAGGGCAAGCCCAGCAAGGGCCGCGACGCCGCCGACGCCGCGGUGAGCCUGCCCAAGCAUGCUGCGCGCGCGGCGCAGGGCAUCAACUUCGGCACUGUGGAUGACCAGCAUGCUGAAAUGUCGUCGUCGCCGGCAGCGCAGCCGGCGGCGGGUGAGCACCUGCGUGGCGCGCCGCCCGCUGCCUUUGGCAGUGUAACGGCGGAGAGUGGCGCAGCCCCCGAAAAGAACAUUGGCUUUGCCGGCAAGAAGCAGCUCGACUUCCAAAAGCUGUUCCAGACUCCUCCGUCUGCGGAUGCGCCUCCCGCGGACGCGCCGGCGCCGGGUGCGCCGGCCAACUCGGCCAAGCCCAAGGUCCGGCCCGCCCCGCCCGCCGGCAAGCAGAUGGGCGCAGCGCCGGCGCCGUAUAUGCCGGGCUGGCAGCCGCCCAUGUACCCGCAUAUGAGCUACCCUGUGAGCCCAGGCCCCGGCGCGUAUCCCUAUCUGGCCUCGCAGCAGCCGUGGACGCCGGGCACGCCUGGCUCGCCGCACGUGGGCAACCUGCCUGCGUCGCCCAACAUGCUGCCGCCGAACGUGUCGCCGCGCCCCGGCGGCAUGCAGGCGCGUCCCGGUGGCGCCUCAUUCUACCCUGCCGCAGCAUCUCCCUCUGGCUUCACAAUGAACGCAGGUGCCCGUCUAUUUGAGCCGCAGAAGAGCAAGGCCCUGCGGAUCGUCAACCCUGAAACGCACACCGAGCUUGACCUCGAGAAAGUCAAGAAAGAGACAUCGAAGCCUGCGCCUGCGCCUGCGCCUGCACCGAAGCUCGCGCCACCGAAGGAGCAGCCGAGCGAGAGCAGCCGCGUCAAGACGCAGGCCGACUUUCAGCAGAAGGUCCUCCGAUUGAAGAUGGAGAAGGAGGCGGAGGCAAAGCGCGCUGAGGAGGCAAAGAAGGCCGAGGAGGCGAAGAAGGCGGAAGAAGCCAAGAAGGCCGAGGAGGCCAAGGCGGAAGAAGCCAAGAAGGCCGAGGAGGCAAAGAAGGCGGCCGAGGCCAAGGCUGCAGAAGAGGCCAAGAAAGCUGAGGAAGCGAAGAAGGCGGCUGAGGAGGCGAAGAAGGCCGAGGAGGCCAAGGCGGCCGAAGAGGCGAAGAAGGCCGAGGAAGCCAAGGCGGCCGAAGAGGCGAAGAAGGCCGAGGAGGCCAAGGCCGCUGAAGAGGCGAAGAAGGCCGAGGAGGCCAAGGCAGAGCAGGCCAAGGCCGCUGAGGAGGCGAAGCAGGCCGAAACAGCCAAGGCAGGUGAGGCCAAGCAGACCGAGACCCCUACCGAGACGGCCUCGGCCCCCGCCGAUACGGCGGGUGACGAGCCACACUCGGCGACUGACGCGUCGGAGGAGCCGAAGGACGCUACAGAGGCUCCGGAGCCGAAUCGCGCGAUUGAGUCGGCACGGCGCAUUGACGAUCUCUCGUCCAUCACGUACCCUGAAAAUGUGCAGCCGCCCAAGGCGGAGCUCAACGUGAAUGCGGCGCCGGGCCGCUACCGCUACGACCGCGAUUUCCUGCUGCAGUUCAUGAGUGUGUACACGGAAAAGCCACAUGACCUGCCGGACCUGGCGGCCAUGGGCAUGGAGAGCGUGGCGGCUCGUGGCGGUCGCCGUGGAGCGGGCUCGUCGCGUGGCGGCCUGGGCCGUGGCGGCGCGCUCAAGUCAAGUGAAGAGCGCUUUGCGUCGUCGGUCCGAGGCGGUGCGUUUGGCGGCGGUAUGCCGUCUGGCUCGCGAGGCCACUCACUGUCGCGGGGCGGCAGUGGCGGUCCUGUGCCGUCGCGCGAGACCAUGGGCACCGGUAUCCCGAUGGGCGCGCGCCCGAAGAGCAACCGCGGCCGGCAGCGCGAUGGCCGUCCCCACGUGAACCCGCCGGAGAAGGGCGGUCCGACGAUUCCCCUUGACCAGGUCGCGCCACUGGCGUACUCGGAGAACCGGUGGAAGCCACAGUCGAUGGAGAAGGACCAGCUCGACCCCGCGCUGGUGGUCGAGCGCAAGGUCAAGUCGCUUCUUAACAAGCUCACGGUUGAGAAGUUUGAGUCGAUCUCUGACCAGAUUGUCGAGUUUGCGAACAAGUCGAUUGACGAGACGGACGGCCGCACGCUGCGGCAGGUCAUUGCGCUGGUGUUUGAAAAAGCCAUCGACGAGUCGGCGUGGAGUGAGAUGUAUGCGCAGCUGUGUGCCAAGAUCCAGAUGAACCUGAACCCCGAGAUCCAGGACCAUGUGCUGGACGAGAAGGAGCAGAAGGAGUACCGCGGCGGCAUGCUGUUCCGCAAGUACCUGCUUACGUGGUGCCAGGGCGACUUUGAGAAGGGCUGGGGCGCGCAGAAGGAGGAGAAGGACAAGUCGGACAAGGGCGCCGAGCUGCUUACGGAUGAGUACUAUGCGGAGCAGAAGGCCAAGCGCCGUGGCCUCGGUCUGGUGCAGUUUGUGGGCGAGCUGUUCAAGCUCCAGAUGCUGCAGCCCCGCAUUAUGCACACGUGUAUUGUGCGCCUGCUGCGCACGACCACAGACCCAGAGGAGGACGAGAUCGAAAGCGUGUGCCGCCUUCUUACCACCGUCGGCUACCUGCUCGACUCGUCGUCGGGCAACCACAAGAGCCGCAUGGAUGUGUACUUUAAGCGCAUCGACGACAUUCUGCAGAGCCCGGCGCUCUCGUCGCGUAUGCGCUUCAUGCUGAUGGAUGUCGUUGACCUUCGCUCCAGCAACUGGGUGCCGCGCCACGACACCUCUGCGCCCAAGACCAUUGCCGAGAUUCACGCCGAUGCGGCAAAGGAGCAGCAGCAAAAAGAGAUGGAGAAGUUCUCUCUCCACCGCGGCUCGCGCCGCGGCCCGCCGCGCCCCUCGGCGCCGAGCAGCGAUUCACACGCCCAAGACGGCUGGAGCACCGUCGGCCAUGCGCCGUCGGGCCGCGCGCGCCCGAGCGACCUGCCCGGUCUGGGCAAGGGUGCGGAUCGCGCGGGCAAGUCGAGCGCUGGCCUGUUUGGCCGCAAGGCGGCUGGCAACGAGGAGCCGGCCAGCCCCUCGCCGCGCAGCUCGACCAACAUGUUCAACCUGCUUACCGGCGACGGCAGUGGCCAUGGCGAGGAGAAGGAGCGCAAAAAGCUGCAGCUGCAGCCCCGCACCAAGCCGCUCGAUGCGCCUGCCGAGGCGCCUGCCGAGGCGCCGACUCCGUCGGCCGAGGACGUCCAGCGCAAGAUCGGCAACGACGUCAAGGAGUACCUGGCCAUCCGCGACCUCAACGAGGGUGUACAGUCGAUCGAGGCUCUCCCUGCGGAGCACCGCGCCUCGUUUGUUGACCAGCUUGUGGCAGCCGUGCUCGACAAGAAGCAGGACAGCGUCGACGAUGCGGGACGCCUGCUGGCCCAGCUCGUGGAGAAGCAGGUGCUCGACGAGCAGCAGCUCAUGGACGGCUUCCAGCCGCAGGUGACCAUCCUCGACGACACGAGCAUGGAUGCGCCAAGUGCGUAUGGCUUUAUGGCGCAGCUGCUCGUGCAGUCGACCCUGCCGCGCGCGCGGAUCGAGCAGCUCGCCGACAAGAUGGAGGGCGAGGGCCUGCGUCCCCCCAAGGACCGCCUCCUCGCCAAGGUCGACGACCUCGCCACAUAG